GAGUGCCCUGUAAUCUGGGAUUUCUCACAAGUUUAGCUUUAAAAAUUCUUUCACCACGUCUUAGACUUAACUUCUAGUACUGCUAUUUUGUCAUACCCCUUGUACUUAAAAAAAUAGAAAAGUAGCCUAGGUGAGAUUUAUAACUGUUCUGGGGCUUGUUUGUUCACACUGUGGUUGCUUAGUUUUCAUUUUAUGGGGAUAAUAUUACCAAAAAAACCAAACUCAUUGCCGUCAAGUUGAUUCCGACUCAUAGCGACCCUGUACUACAAGGGAGAUAAUACCUGGUGCCCAGUGACCAUGCUCUUCUGCUUUGCUCCGGCCUCAGUUUUGUGAUGGUGAACAGCGUCGCUCUGGAGGGGGAUGGCUGCAGCAUUUGCUCUGAAUCAGAAGCUAAACUCAUUGAAAUUUCUCACAAACUCAACUGCUCCCGAAAGCAGGCGCCCCCUUCCGGCCCGUGCGGAGCGGGGCAGCAGCUCCCGGCCUCAGCCCCAGUCCUUCUGCAGCAUUAUCCACUUUACCGCAGAAGUGAUGCGAAUUGUUCUGCGGAAGAUGCUGCUCCCCCGGAGGAAAAGAACAUCCCAUUCAAGGAG